AUGAAUGAGAUACGAGGAAGCAACGACUUAUAUCAAUCGAGACGGAGCAGUCGCCUGAGGCCUCGUGUUGCCAGAUUGUUGGACAGUCUAAUUUCGUGCGCCGUCAAUUUGCUGUUAUUGAGAAAGGACUGCAAAGUGGGGUGCGUGGGAUGGAGAUAUGGUAAACGCCGACUGCGUCGAAAGACGAUAGUGGCGAUAUGCAGAUCUGCUUCAGACUUCGAUCUGAUCCGGACAACCCCGAGAAUCGACAUUUUGUGGGCCAAUGAUUCGUCCUGCCUGAGGAUGACGUGGCAUUUAUGCAUGCUCGACACCUACACAUGUUUGCUUGAUAACGGAUUUCUGUCCUUGAGGAGAGGGUUUUUACAAAGCUCGGUAGUUGAAGUGAAUAUCAUGGAACAUUUCAAUCAUUUGCCCGUCCUAUGUUCUCUAUAA